UACCUGUCCCAUUGGGUGUGGUGGGGGUGUGAGGGCGGGGCCCCAGGUGAGUGCCCGGAUCGAGUCUCCCUGAGCCCGCGCCAUGGCCUCGGGCCCCCCUGCUCCCCCGGCUCCCCCUCCCCCGGGUCACCCCCAGCCCCAGCCCCAGCCCCAGGCCCCGGGCGGCCUCAGCUCCUCCGCCUCCAAGACCAAGACCAAGAAGAAGCACUUCGUCUCCCAGAAGGUGUCGGUGUUCAGGGCCGGGAGCCCCCUGGUCAGCGUCCUCAUGUGGGGGGUCAACCACUCGAUCAAUGAACUCAACCACGUCCCGGUGCCUGUGAUGCUCCUCCCCGAUGACUUCAAAGCCAACAGCAAAAUCAAAGUCAUUAAUCACCUCUUCAACAAAGAGAAUCUGCCCAGUCACUUCAAGUUCAAGGAAUACUGCCCUCAGGUGUUCAGGAAUCUCCGGGAGAGGUUCAACAUCGACGAUCAGGAUUACCUGGUAUCGAUGACCCGCGGUGCUCCGUACAGUGAGAAUGAGACCCGGCACACGGUGCUGUUCCUGAGCAGCUAUGAUAAGAAGUACGUCAUCAAGCAGAUCUCCAGUGAGGACGUGGCCAACAUGCACAGCUUCCUCUCGGGUUAUCACCAGCACGUUGUGAACUGUCACGGGAACAUCGUACUGCCCCAGUUCCUGGCCAUGUACCGGCUUACAGUCGACGGUGAGGACACCUACAUCCUGGUCAUGCGCAACAUCUUCAGCUACUUGCUCACCGUCCACAGGAAGUACGAUCUAAAGGGUUCCUUAGUGGCUCGUGAAGCCAGUGAUAAAGAGAAGGUCAAGGAGCUGCCAACGUUGAAGGACAUGGACUUCCUGAACAUGAGCCAGAAGGUCUACAUCAGCAGCGAGCAGAAGACCAUGUUCAUGGAGAAACUCAAGCGAGACGUGGAGUUCCUCUCCAACCUGAAGAUCAUGGACUACAGCUUGCUGCUGGGUAUCCACGACACUCAGAGACUGGAUGACGAUGAAGACCCCAGCCUGGGCAGUAACGAGACAGAGAACGGUACCACCAACAGCCUGCUGACACCAUACUACGGCCAGUCCCCGGAGACCCAGAGCGGGCACCUCAACAGGGCACCUCACGCUGGCUAUGAGCCCUUCACUGAUGUGUAUGCCAUCAGGAGCGCAGAUGGAGCUCCCCGUAAGGAGGUGUACUUCAUGGGUCUGAUUGACAUCCUGACGCAGUACAACGCCAUGAAAAAGGCCGCGCACGCCGCAAAGACGGUCAAACACGGGGCCGGUGCCGAGAUCUCAACGGUGAACCCGGAACAGUAUGCCAAACGCUUCACAGAAUUCAUCACCAACAUCUUUGCGUAGUGGGUUGGGUUGGGCUGGGUGGGUGUGAUCUUGCUUGGAAUGGCCUAGAUUGGUUUGGCCUGGCCUGGGUUGGGCUGGGUGGCUGUGGCCUUUGCUUGGAAUGGCCUAGAUUGGUUUGGCCUGGGUUUGGUUGGGUGAGUGUGUAUGUGAGAGAUCUUGCUUGGAAUAGCCUAGGUUGGGUUGGAAUGAGCUGGGUUGAGUGGAGUUGGGGGGGGGAGGGGCUGUGUGGUCUUGCUUGGAAUGGCUUAGACCUGGCCUGGUCUGGGUGAGGUGGGUGUGUGUGUGAUCUUGGUUGGAAUGGCUUGGCUUGGCUUGGGUUGGGUUUGGGUGGUCUGGGUUGGCUGGGUGUGUGUUGGUUGGGUUGACCUGGUCUGGAUUGGGUUGGGUGUGUGUGUGUGUGUGUGUGUGUGUGUGGCCUGGGUUGACAUGGCCUGGCCUUGCCUGGCUUGGGUUGGGUUGGCCUGGCAUGGUCUGGAUUUGCUGGGUGUGUGUGUGGCCUGGGUUAGAUUGGGUUGGGUUGGGUGUGUUUGUGGCCUGGGUUGGCAUGGCCUGGCCUGGCUUGGGUUGGGUGAGCCUGGGUUGGCUUGGGUUGGGUUGGGUGUAUGUAUGGCCUGGGUUGACAUGACCUGGCCUGGCUUGGGUUGGGUUGGGUGGGCCUGGGUUGGAUUGGCCUGGGGUUGGGUUGGGUUGGCCUGGCAUGGUCUGGGUUUGCUGGGUGUGUGUGGGGCCUGGGUUGGCUUGGCUUGGGUUGAGUGUGUGUGUGGCUUGGGUUGGGUGAGCCUGGGUUGGUCUGGUCUGAGUUGGGUGAAUGUGGUCUGGGUUGGCAUGGUCUGGUCUGGGUUGGGUUGGGUUGAGUGUGUGUUGGUCUGGGUUGGGUGUGUGGGGGUUGGGUUGGUCUGGGGUUAGCCUGGUCUGGCCUGAUCUGACCUGGGAUUGCUGCUCACAGCUGUCCAACUAACAGCAAGUCAGCGAUCUAGAGUGUCUGGGGGCGGAUGGCCUCCUGCACAUCUACGCUUUCUCUCACCCACCCUCUGGCCCCCACACCCACAACCCUCACCGUCUCUCUCACUCACUCACUCAGGUCACUCACUGAUUCUCUCUCCCUCUCAAACCCUCGCUCCCUCUCCCUCCUCAAUGGCCCCAGCCCACCAUAGAUGUAUGUGUGAGAGAGAGAGAGCGGGGAAUUAUUUGCACUCUGUGCGCCAAACAUUCGCUGCCUUUCUAAUGGCUGCCCACCAAAGAGGUUUCUUUUUUUCUUUUAACCGAGAGUCGCUUUCAAUUCCGCCAAAAUUUUAUCCUGUUGGGUUGGGUUGUGGUGGUCCAGUGGGUUGGACCCCUUGCUCCACCCCUCUUCCCCCCCCCGAACGUGGUGCGUUGGUGGGGGUUUGUGCUGCCUCAGUUGGACACUGGCCUGGGAUUGUAUUGUUGUUUUAAUUUCCUCAUUAUUAUUAUUAUUAUUUACGAAGGUGGUCCGGGUUCGUUUCUCCUCCUCCUCCUCCUCCUCCCCUCGAAAACCAGCCGGCCAAUCGUGCAGAUCCUCCCAGGGGACGGUGCGCAGAGCGGCCCGGUCUUCGGGUGUUAGAUUGGGUGUGAGGGGGGACCAGCGUUUAGCAGAACCUCUCCCCGUUCACCUCUACCCCCUCCUCCUCCUCCCCAAUCCCACUCCUAGUUUGGAAAUAUUGGGUACCUUUCUUGUACAGUAGCGGUAAUCUGUAUGGGUGUUGCAGGUAGAAAUCUAUAUACAUACGUACGCACACGUGUAAAUCUAUAUACAUACGUACGCACACGUGUAAAUCUAUAUACAUACGUACGCACACGUGUAACGUACAACUACUUUUUGCUGGGAGUUAUUUUGUACCUGGUUCCUUCUGUCGUAAUUCAAUAAAGUCUUUUCUGAUUACA